AUGCCUGGAAGAAUACUGCCGACCUUGACGGUUGCCGAGGUCGAAUCCCACAACAGCGCAAAGUCGUGCUACAUCACCCUCGGCCGCAACGUUUAUGAUGUCACGGAUUUUUUGGAUGCGCACCCCGGUGGCGGUGAUCUCAUUCUCGAUUACGCGGGCAAGGAUGUGAGCGAAAUCAUGAAGGAUGAAAUUUCCCACGAACAUACCGAAGCCGCCUAUGAGAUUCUGGAUGAAUGCCAUGUUGGGUUCGUUGCUUCUGAUGUUACUGAGGUGUCUGGCAAGUCGAAGGGGUCGGUAAUCGCUGGUGAACCCGAUGGAUCUGCUCCUGUUUACUCGACUACCGGCAUGUCCCGGGAAGAGGACCUGUCGGUCGAGACAGAUUAUUCGCAGGAUUUCAAGACGCACAAGUUUCUGGACCUCAACAAACCGCUGCUCGCUCAGCUCUGGACCAGCAACUUUUCCAAACAGUUCUACCUGGAACAGAUUCAUCGGCCCCGUCACUACAGAGGAGGCGAAUCGGCCCCUCUGUUCGGCAACUUCCUCGAGCCUCUCAGUAAGACGUCGUGGUAUGUGGUGCCGAUGGUCUGGCUGCCACCCGUUGCCUAUGGGACCAUCCUUGGGUAUGGGGGACUGGGAAAUGUGUCUGCCGCAGCCGCGUACUGGAUCGGCGGCGUCUGCCUGUGGAGUUUGAUUGAGUACCUGAUGCACCGAUUCCUCUUCCACGUGGACAAAUGGCUUCCGGAUAACCGAGUUGGCCUGACACUUCAUUUUUUGCUUCACGGCAUUCACCACUAUCUGCCGAUGGACAAGUACCGGCUUGUCAUGCCGCCGACACUGUUUGUUGUCUUGGCAGCUCCGUUCUGGAAGCUGGCACACGCGGUCUUUUUCUACAACUGGUAUGCCGCUCUGACUGUGUACUGUGGCGGUGUCUUCGGGUACAUCUGCUAUGAUAUGACCCACUAUUUCCUUCACCACCGCAACCUCCCGCUUUACUAUAAGGAGCUCAAGAAAUAUCAUCUCCAGCACCACUUUGCCGAUUUCGAGAAUGGAUUUGGUGUGACCAGCCGCUUCUGGGAUCGAGUAUUUGGGACUGAGUUGGAAUGCCCUGCUCCCAAGGGUGUGAAGGCUCAGUGA